AUGUCAGACGAACUUAGCAAAUUGAGAAAACAGGUAGAAGAGCUGCAAGAAUUGGUCAAGAAGCAGAACUUGUUGAUCAGCAAGACGGGCCAAUCCGUUUUGGAACUUCAAGUUGCGAAACAAAGGGCCGAUGUGGACAGUUUUGACACGAAAUUCGGUUCCAGUAAGGGAUCCAAGUCUGGUGGGAAUUUGGUCGACACAACCGAUUUUGCGACUAACGAGGAUUUGGUGACUUUGGUAGGUGAAUUGCAAUCGCAGUUAGACUCGAUUGAGGAACGUUCGAUUAGAAGAACCAUCAAUUCGACCAAAAUCAAAGAUGACGAAUUUUUGGUGGCUUUGCCCAACGCCUAUGGGGAAAUUCCUGAAACUUCGGAAGGGUGGUUCCCACGUUCCGUUGGUGAUUUGGAAAAAAUCCCAGACACCAAGCUGUUCAGAUUGGCCAAGUUUUACGAAUUGCUACCACCUUCGCUCGAAGAACAGGAGAAAUUUGAAGAUUUCGUUGAGGGCAAACUCGACAAUUUUCAUAUCAACGACAUAACCGAGGACCAAAUUGAAAAGGAACUCAAGGGCUACACGAAGGAUCAACUCACGGAGAUUUUCAAUGACGUGGCAAGGUAUUUGGGUGUCAAGAAUAGGAGAGGCAUUGAAUUUUAUUAA